GAAUACGUAUUUACGUGAUUUUAUUAGUUUUUUUGACGAAAUACUAACCCCCCAAUUGAUGUGCAUAUUAAAUGUGUUAAUAUUCUAACCUCAAAUUUUUUCCGGAAUUUCGUGUAAAUAUUAAAAUCUAUGGCAUUUUAAAAUUGCUAUCUGGAUAGUUCUAUUUCUUACGAAUUGUAUUUAUUCAGUUGUAGAAACUCUAUCUAGACAGCAAGGCUAAAAUAUUAUCUGCCAUGAAAACCUAUUUGCUUUGUUAUUAUGGGAACGGUAUUUAUAUACACCCAUAUAAACAUUUUGUAUGCCAAACAGGUUAUUUUAGACUUGAUGGAAACUCUGCUCUCAAUCUUACGUAGCAAAAGUUUUUUCUACUAAAUAUAUAUGGAAGCAAUGAAAUCAAAAGUUCAGAAUACAUUCAGGGAUUAAUUACAAAAUAAGAUGAAAUACUUUCGCAUCAAUAAUUAAGUAAAAAUAUUUUUUUAUGCACAAUUAAAGUGAACUCAAGCCACACCAGAUCAAGAUUGGAUUUGUACCACAAAGCGCACCAUAUCAAUCCCGUAGCAGCUGCAGUACACUCAUUGUAAUAAAAAUAGCACGUAAAGAAAAUGGAUAGCUCUGAGUAUGAGUUGGUCCGCAAUAUGACUUUGCUAUUUUUUUUCGAACGACUGAUGGACAAGGGAGGCCCGAGAACUCUGCAUGACUUAAGCUGCCAGUUUGGAGCGAAGGGCUUUACUAAAGAGAUGCGACAAAUUGCUGGCGGCUCUCAGAGUGGACUGAAAAAAUUCCUCGCCAAAUACCCAGCCUUGUUUUCAAUCGACGGUGACUAUGUUUUUGUAAAUACCUUCCAACCUGUCGUGGCUGAGGAUAGUGGAUCAAAUCUUGGUGGGAAGAGGGACUACGCCCAGGAAGCAGUCGAAUAUUUUUCGAUGAAACUGAUGCAAUAUGGAAUCGGCACCGAAGUACCAAUCAAAAGUCUUCUAGGUCAUAGAUCGCAAGCUUCUUCCGAGGUCAGACACAUUUCUGGACAGCAUUACAAAGAGUUUCGAGACUUUCUCAUGAAAUAUCCUGACGCCUUUGCCGUUACAGAAGAUAACGUUGUUUUGAAACAGUAUGAAGGUAUGAAAGCUGAACCAUUCCGCGAAUUGGAACCAGAAACAAUCGACCCUGAAAUAACAGCUAGGCUGCUUGACUUUUUUGCGCAAUGUAUCGAAAACAAAGGACCAAUAUUGGUCGAUCAGUUGUUUCAUCUUGUUACCUCUAAAUUUCCGCAAGAAACUUGGACUUCGAUAUUCAAAACACCGCAGGAUUUGUCAACGUUUUUAAAAAUGUUUUCCGAUGCCUUCCAUGUUCAAAGUAAUCUUGUUACUCUGAUAAGCCGGCCAAAGACAUUCACAAUUGAUAACUGCCAUGGAAAAAUAAAGCGUUCCACCAGCCCAGGAAUACCAAACUGCAAUAACAGAUCGCAGCCAAAUUCACUACAAACAUCUCAGCCUACUUCGCUGCAAGUGUCUCUACAAAGUUCACAGCCAAAUUCGAUCACUUCAAAUAAUUCAGUGUCUCAACCAAACUCUCUCCAAAACAUAUCACCUACUUCAACGGAAAGCAAUAACAAUUCACCACCGCUGAGUUUACAGCAGCAAACUUUAAAGCAAAGAAUAAAUACGUUGGUAAUGAAAACACUAGCGGACAACACUGAAAAAGAUCGUAAUUUGCAAACUGUGCAAAUGGGCGAAGCAUGGAAGCUUAAAGUAUUUCAACAAACGAGAGUCGUUGUUAAUCCGAAAGAAAGCUUACAAAUAAUUGAAGAUAUCAUGAAUCCCAGAAGACUGCAACAUGAUGGUAAAGUCAUUGUUUCGUUUGAUUGCGAAGGCAUUAAUUUGGGAGUUAAAGGUCAGUUGACGCUUCUGCAAAUUGGGACUAUGACUGGACAAGCUUAUGUUUUCGAUUUGGUUACAUGCCCAACUCUCGUUCAAAGUGGAGGCAUUCAGAAGCUUCUUGAAAGCAAUAGUGUCAUUAAGGUUAUCCACGAUUGUCGAAACGAUAGUGUGAAUCUAUUCAACCAAUUUGGCAUCACCUUGAAUAACGUUUUUGAUACACAGGCUGCCCACGCAGUGCUACAGUAUCAAGAAACGGGCAAGCCUGUGUACAAAGUAAAAAAUGUUAAUCUAAAUGCGCUUUGCGAAUUAUACGGUGCUCCAUGUAACCCGCUGAAGGAUCAGCUGAAAAAUGUGUAUCGCCGAGACCAGAGGUAUUGGUCUCGCAGGCCCCUUUCUCGGGAUAUGCUACUGUAUGCUGGCUGUGACGUACUGAGUUUGGUUCCUCAAAUAUACUCUGCUAUGUCGAGACUUAUAAAACCAGAAAUGCACACACUAUUUGCUGAACUGUGUGAGGAACAAGUGCAAAUGCACAUAAAGCCCGUUGAGGUUAAAGCACGUAAGAAGCAACGUAAAGUCGAGACCGAAGUAGCCGACUUACGAAAACGAAUGGAGGAGACUACCGGCAAAAAUAUUGUUCUCAGCAACCGUGAAAUCAGACUUUUGAGAUACUUGGAAUUAACAGAAGAGGAAAAGGAGAAAUUGAAGGGUAGCUACAAGGUUGCAAGAAAGUUAGAAAAGCUCGAAAGCCUGGGGCAAGAUAAAGGUGACAGCAGCGAUUACGAUGAAGAUGAGAGGAAUGGGGAUGCCGAAUACCCUAGCUUGGAUAGUUAUACGUCAGAAAACUCUCAUUCUGGUGGUGUAACGUCUCCACGUAAUUCAGAACCACCAAGCCUUACUGAGUCCAUGCAUAUGAUGGACGAAGUUUUAUCGGAUGGACGUAUGGACAGAUUUGAAAAGAUUGAACGUCUUGAAGCUAUAUUAUCGACAAUCACUGCCCCAUCGGACACACCGGCACCACCUAGCAACAUUCAAGUAUCUCCAUUUAAAUGUAUCUGCACUUGUCACGGUAGUAAGCCAAUUGGGACUCAACAGAAUAAUAUGAAAGUUGACCAUGUUGGCUGCCAAACCUUGAGUACAGGUGAUAUUGUUAUAACGAGGAUAUUUUUUACGGAAGCAGAUAAGGAACGAGAAAGGUCGUUGAAUUCUCCAAAAAAGUAAAACACAACGAAAAAGCACAUUCAAUCGUUGAACACUUGUUGAGCUGAUUGAUGUUGGACUCCGUUUGAAACAGUAAAGUGAUAGAGCCGUAAUUAUAUACAUACACGCCAAAGGAAUAACUUUGAUGGCAUUUAAAGUGAAAUGGAAUUGACAAUUGUAUGUUAUCAGCUGUCCGAAAGCAUACAAGUAACGAAGAUAUUACUUCACUUCUAGUUAUAUUGUUUUUUUUUACUGACAAAGUUAUCUCCACUAACACCAAUUAGAAAUAACGACGAAUUCAAUCCAGUCGAAUGAUCAUGAAACAUUAUCAAAAAUCAUGAAACAAAACCGUAUUUGCGCGAUUUGUACAGUGAUAAAUUUUAUCUGUUUAAUUAUUCUCAAAAAUUAUUCCCUGGAAAUAAUAGAAAUGCAAGAAAACAUAUCCAUUCAUUUGGACAAGUUUGAGUCUUGCUCGGAAAUUUAAUAUCUUUCAUUAUCACAAUAUGAUAGAAUUAGAAUGAGGAGCCUGAUUAUCGAGUAAGAAAUUUCGCCGCACAAAUCAUCUGUUUCAAACGUGAUAACAGUGAAAUGGUAAAGACACCAUUAGACCUCCAAGUUCACUGAAACUUCGGCAAAAUCGUGUGCUAAGAUUACUUUAGAUAAAAUUGGAAAUGCAUCGUAGAAGAGCCAUAAGAUUAAUACCAUGAAUUCAAGUACUUUUACCAAUGUUUUCAGUAUGCAAUAGAUAAGCAAUGUUCACUAACGUGAAAGUUAUUCGAUAUGCCAUAUCAAAAACUCGCAUUUAAGGAAGACAAAUUGAAAUUGCUAAUUAGAACCAAAUAACUGUAGGCCUACUUUAGAACAUUCGUGAUGCUAUAAUUUUUAUAGAAUUUAUUUUCAAAAGAAACAAUAAUUCCAACCAAUGUUAUUACGUUCGCAUAAUAUAACGUAGCUAAUAUCCUUUACUGGACGGUAAACUACAAUUACUUUUGAGAGGAUAAAGGAUUUCUAAGUUUCUAACUUAUGUGAUUAACAAUCAGUUAUCGAUAUUUAUAACGAUCCGCUCGCACAUGUGUAUUAAAUGCGUAUACCUACAAAUACAUAUGGGCGCGUGUAUACGGACCGUCUGAAUCUUUAUAUAACAUACACAUCUAUCACAUAUACAUAUAAAUGAAGUUUAUUUUUUGUGUUUCGUCAGUGUUGUAUACACAUAUUUUCUUGUUUCUUUAUUAAGCUUCAAAUCAUGUAGGAAUUAUAAUAUUGAACUAGUUGAAAUUUUAUUUAUUAUUGAAUACUGCACUGGUGUCAAGAUUUUUGCAAUAAAAGCGUAAGUGCAGAAUGUUUAACGACGAUGUAAUCGUCCGAAACUUAAUAUACGUAUACAGAAUAUUAAACAUACCGAAGUUUUCAGAGAAUCAUGAAAAAAUAAACAAAAAUUUAAUUUGUGAAUUAACAUUGUUUGAACAGCCAUUGUUUACUGCUUUAGUAGAAUCAAUUUUGUGGCCAUUUUAAUAAUUAUACCGAGAAAGCUGAAAGGCUUAUAUUAGCUUUAGUAGCGAGCUGGAUAUCUUAUGCAGUUUGAAAAUGUCAUUCAAAGUGAUCAAUUAUACAAUUUUUAAACGACCAUUGCUAGGCUGUAGUUUCCAGACACAUGUACAUGGUUCUGAGAGUAGUUCCACGAUUAUCAUUAUUUUUGUACAAAAUCUAAUAUGAUAAUUUUGAACAUGCAUAAGAACCCGUACUAACGCAAUCAAUUAUUGUAUUUAUGAUAAAACAGUUAUCAUUAGAUAGUUUUCGCUGAGAGCGGAAAAAUUAUUUAAAAAUAUAUUCCACAAAUUUGCAAUAUUGUACAAAUUUUGUGUGAAUAUACAAAAAAAUUAAAUAAACUUACAAAAAAUACGACAAAAGAUAACAAAAAAAAAGUAAAAAAAAAAAAAAAACCUUAUUCGGGAAUUAUGAUGGGUAGAGGAGCAAUGUCCUGUAUUUAGCUAUUUAAUACAAGGUUGGAUUGCAAGGAAGAUUUUUAUAUUGCUUAUUAAGAAUAACUAUUAGAUUAUAGGAAAAUACUAAGUGCAGCGUAGAACAUCGUUUCAAGGUGGACUUCCAACGAAUCGAAAUGUAAAUAAUAAUCAAUAAUGUUUUCUAUUUAACAAUUACAAAAAUAACAUUAUGUUAUGUUUUUUCAGUUUGAAUCUGAACAUAGUGAAGUGACAUUGUGAUACACGAACACAAAUGUAUACAUAAUGUUGUUAAACAGUGUACUCCAACAUGAAUAUACGUAUAAUAUGUGUGCAUUAUUUAUUUCAAACUGUUAAUGCCCAGUUAUGUGUAUAUUCAUGGUCAGUUGCAGACGCGAGUGUGUAUAUAAACAUGUAAUACAUUAAAUUUGUCUCCUAAUACGAAAUAAAAUGUAUUUUUAACGGUA